AUGGGUCUACGUCUCUGCUGUUUGGUGUCGAGGUGUCGAGGCCAGGGCUCAGGGAUGGUUCGCGAUGCCUCUGAGCGGCGGGCGCUCUUCCUCAAGAAGCUUCAGUUGUGCUCGUGGCCGAUGGACUUCACGAACGGGCAGAUCGACGCGCGCGAUAAGGAGAUAAAGCGACAGACCCUCCUGGAGCUCAUGGAUUAUAUCAACUCGACCAAGGGCGCCUUCUCCGAGCGCACCUACCCCGACGUCGUUCACAUGAUUGCAGCAAACCUCUUCCGCGGGAUGCUCGAGCCGGAGGAGGAGGAGCCCGCGCUCGAGCCCGCGUGGCCGCACCUGCAGUACGUGUACGAGUUCGUGGUCUCGAGCGAGGCGGACCCGAAGGCGGACCCGCGCGAGCGAGACUACCUCAAGACGAUCCUGCACCGCAUCUACGGCAAGUUCAUGCCCUACCGCGCCUUCAUCCGCAAGGCCAUCAACAACAUCUUCUACACCUUCGUGUACGAGACGGAGCGGCACAACGGCAUCGCCGAGCUUCUCGAGAUCCUGGGCUCGAUCAUCAACGGCUUCGCGCUGCCGCUCAAGGAGGAACACAUGCUCUUCCUGCACCGCGCGCUGCUCCCGCUCCACAAGGUGCGCUUCAUCGGCAUGUACCACCAGCAGCUCUCGUAUUGCGUCUCGCAGUUUGACCCGAAGCUCGCCAAGCCGGUCCUCGAGGCGAUCCUCAAGUUCUGGCCGUGCACGCACUCGCCGAAGGAGGUGCUGCUGCUGAACGAGCUCGAGGAGGUGUUGGAGAUGGUCGACGCGCGAGAGUUUGCCGCGGUGAUGGCGCCGCUCUUCGCGCAGGUGUCGCGCUGCAUAGAGUCGCCGCACUUCCAGGUGGCCGAGCGGGCCCUCUUUCUGUGGAACAAUGAGUACAUCGUCUCGCUCAUCGCGCAGCACCGCGCAGAGGCGCCCGCCGCUCCUCCUCGCGCCCUGCCCGCCUCGCGCAGCUGGCACACUGCUGGGCCGUCAGAGUGUGCCGGCGGUGGGCCGCAGACGGUGCACGGGCUCACCUGCAACGUGGUCAAGCUCUUCAUGGAGAUGGACCCGCGCCUCUUCGACGAGUGCACCGCCGCGCACCAGGCGGCGCAGGAGAGGGAGCAGGCGCGGCGCGAGGAGCGGCAGGACGCGUGGAGGGCGAUCGAGGCCGACGCGGAGGCGAACCCGCUCUUCCCGCGGGUGAAGCACGCGCUCACCGCGAAGGCGUCGCUCGCCUAUGCGAUGCGCGCGCAGCAGCUGCGGGAGGGGAUGACCAUGUUCGAGGACGCGCCGAGCGACGAGAAGGCGCGUUGAGGGAAUGGAGGGGGCGAGGGACAGGGAGGUGUAUCACAACGGGGCGGCGCCGGGCGCAGUUGGGCUCAACGACAGCGGUUCUCGUUUGGUGUACGAGUUAUAGAGCUCGAACGGUAAAGUAGAGGCGGGGUCUCGAAUCAUCAUGUCAGUAGCAGUAGCUUCCUUGGGACGUGUGCAUGUCUGUGUGGGCACGCGCUGUCGCGCUCUGAGACCGAAUUGUGUUAUGUGACAUCUUGCGUCUUCAAUUUAUUAC